UUGUGUUAUGGACGGUAGGAGCUGCCUGGGACAUGUCUGACUAGAAACUUGUACAGUUUUCCCAAUACGUACGGCAUUAAAUCCACGUACUGAUGAUGGGGCAGUGCGGCAUCACAUCGUCGAAGACGGUGUUGGUCUUCCUGAACCUGAUAUUUUGGGCUGCUGCUGGUAUCCUGUGUUAUGUCGGGGCCUAUGUCUUCAUCACGUAUGAUGACUACGAUCAUUUCUUUGAAGACAUGUACACUCUCAUCCCAGCAGUGAUCAUCAUUGCAGUUGGAGCCCUCCUUUUUAUUAUCGGGCUCAUUGGAUGCUGUGCUACAGUGAGAGAGAGCUACUGUGGACUGACAACGUUUGUUGUCAUUCUCCUGCUGGUUUUCUUGACGGAAGUGGCUGUGGUGGUGCUCGGAUACAUUUACAGAGCAAAGGUUGAAGAUGAAGUUAAUAAUUCCAUCAAGAAAGUAUACGAUGAGUACAAUGGCACCAACAGCAACGCCCCUAGCCGCGCCAUCGACUACGUUCAGAGACAGCUUCAGUGUUGUGGGAUCCACAAUUACUCAGACUGGAAGUAUACACACUGGUUCGAAAAGUCAAAAAACAACAGCGUACCUACCAGCUGUUGCAAAUCCACUACUCAAAGCUGCACAGGGUCCCUCACUCAUCCUGAAGAUCUCUACCAAGAAGGAUGUGAAGCUCUGGUUGUUAAGAAGUUGAAGGAGAUCAUGAUGUAUGUCAUCUGGACUGCAUUGACGUUUGCUGCCAUCCAGAUGCUGGGGAUGCUGUGUGCGUGUGUUGUGCUGUGUCGCAGAAGCAGAGAUCCUGCCUACGAGCUUCUUAUUACAGGGGGAACCUAUGCAUAGAUGCGAAGAUGCAUUUGCAGACUCUACAUGUGUCACUGGUGAGAGCAAUGAAAUAAUGUAUUACCACACUAACCUUAACUCACUAUUCACACUUAGUUAUACACUUUCCCCUAAAGCUAUCGGCCAAAUUUAAGAAACGGUCAAUGAUUAUGAGAUUUUAGCAUUCUGCUACUCUGAGGAUGACAUAAGGGUGUUUUUUGGUUGUUUUUUCUUUUUUUUUUUUUUCUUUUUUUUUACCAAACCCAAACCUUGUUAGUCAUGUACUGUACAGAGCUAAAUGUGGACAGGGUAAUUUCCUCAUAUUAUUUUGCACUAUGUGUAUGGCUUUGAAUAUUUCAUAUUUAAACCUGUCAUGUACUUGAAUGAAAGACUUGUAUCUGUGUAUGAUUUUACUCUGUACUUCCACUUUCACUAUUACUGCGACUACUACUACUUCUACUACUGCACUACUACUGCUCAGUUUUGAUUGACACCUUGCAGUAUUCUGUAAAGACAUAAUGGACACCAUAUCUCAAGUCAAUGUCACAGCAGGUUUUUGUGUGUUGAAACUAUGAUACUCAACUGGCUUUUGCUCAUCUGAUCUUUCCUUCAAGAAUCAGACCUUGUAAUCCCCCUCAGAAUGCAGGAUUUUCAAGUUGUAAUGCAUUCUGAAUUCAAGAUAGACAUGUCCUAUAGCCGUUUAGUUUUUGUCUACUGAGCAUAGUUUUAGAAUUUGAUUUGUUGAUAUGUAGCAAUGGCAAUACUCAAGAAUGUAAAUAAAAUGUAUGGGGAAAGUU